CUGAAAUGGAAGAGCAUCAACACGAAACACAAAUUAGGAUUCCAGAAACAGCCAAGAUCAAAAGACUUAAGUCCAUAAAUAAAGCAGAGUCAUCAGAAACUAGCAAUGGUGACCAUCAUAAAGUCGAACUUUCUCGCAAAAGAAGCAAGUCUGCAGCCGAAGACAACAAGAAGCAAACCAACGAUGACGACAUAAAAGUUGUCUACAAGCCCUCAGACUUCAAAAUCGUGAAGGAAGUCGGAGAAGGGUCGUAUGGCAGAGUGUACCUUGCCAAGCGAGUUUCAGACAAAAAGAAAGUCGCCAUCAAAAUGUUGGACAAACACCAUCUCAUCAAAAGCCAGAAAGUGGAGCAUGUUAUGAGAGAAAAGAAAAUUCUCAGCGAGUUCAGCCAUCCCAACUUGAUCGAACUGGUGGGGACAUUCCAAGACGAAGAUAACUUGUACUUCGUGUUGGGGUACGAAGAAAAUGGAGACCUCGCAGGCAUGCUUAAGAAAAUGAGCAAACUUCCAAUCGAAAUCAUCAGGUAUUACUCUGCUCAGCUGGUCGGAGUUCUCCAGUACAUCCAUUUCAAUGGAAUUGUUCACAGAGACUUGAAGCCCCAGAACAUCCUAAUUUCGAAAGACUUUAGACUCAAACUCAUUGACUUUGGAGACUCUCUAGUUGAAGGGGCCACAGAAGACAUUGAAACUCCAGAUGAUAACUCUGAAGACCUUGACGAAGAAGACAAGAAACAAAUCGAAGCAGACUCCAACAAACACAAAUAUGCUGAAUUCAGAGCUCAUGAUGAAGAUGCACCCGAAGAUCCAGGAUACAAAAAGAUGCAAGAGUACAGAGGCACUUUUGUUGGGACUCCACUUUAUGUUGCACCAGAAAUGCUCAAAGAGUCGAUGUCAGGGCACUUUACAGAUUUGUGGGCUCUUGGGUGAAUUAUCUUCCAAAUGGUAGCAGGUGAAGUUCCAUUCAAAGGCAAAACUGACUUCCAAACAUUUGACAUUAUAAUGAACAGAGAAUUCAAGUGGCCUGAGGAUAUCGAUGAAGACCUCAAAGAUCUCAUCAACAAACUUCUUGUAAUAGAACCAAUGCAUAGACUCGGAGCUGGCAGACCAGACAGCUGCCAUUCGUAUGAAGAUUUGAUGCAGCAUCCGUUUUUCACAGGAAUUGACUGGUUAACUAUUGGAAAAGACCCAAUCCCUUAUGAUGCAAAGGUUCUCAAACGUAUAAUCAAGAAAAAGUCAGCACUUAACAUACUUGAGCCAUCAGACACAGCUCCAGAUACCACUGACUCAUCAAAUACUGAUGAUAACCGAGUGCGACAGUCUGAAGUUGAUGUAAAGCUUCAAAGUCCUGAAGAAUUCGAACAGCUAUUUGAAGAAGGAAAAGAACUUAAACGAGGCUGGCUUAUGAAGCGAAACCCCUGGUUCAUCAAUCAGAAAAGACUGUUCAUUCUCACUAAUCACCCCAAACUCAUGUACUUCAAAGACGAAGAAACUUUGCGAGGAGAAAUUCUGCUGAAACAAAACUGAGAAGCCAGAAAGAUUUGUAAAUACAAGUUUGAAGUGAUCACCAAAGGCCGAACAUACUAUCUUAAACAUCCUGACAAAGCUUCAGUAGAUGUUUGGGUGCAAGAAAUCAACGAUGCAAUCAGACAAAAGUACAGAAGUUAAUUCUGAGUCAAUUGUGAGCCAAUUAUUAACAGUGUAAGGAU